GACACAAAAAAAGGGAACCCGUCAUAAUUCCUUAAUUAAUCAAUCAUGUCCUCUCCUCCCUCCUCCUGUCGUUCGUUCCCCUCCGCGUCGUUCUCCUCCCUCCUUCUCCAACUCUUCUCCUCGCGGGUGGGCUUCAUCACUACUCCUCGUGCGCCUUGAUCGCACUGUCAUUCAUUUCGGAUUCCCACUGUCGGCCCUCCCACGAACUGUCACUCUUUUUUCGGACGGUCCAUCCUCGACCUCGACCUCAACAAUCGCCGUCGCGUUCAAGCCCCCCAUUCCCCCUUUAUCGCGCCUUAUCAUCAAUCAUCACUCCCCCUCCCUCCCCCAAGAAACGGCGUUUUGACCCGCAGUUUCCCUGACUCGCUCCGCUCUCUUCCCCCUCUCCCCAACCUACAGCAGUCUUUUCCCCUUCCCCCGGGAGUGGUGACCCUGGACGACAACAACAGCAUCCCAUCAUGUCGUUCUUCUAUGUCUUGGCCCUGCUGGCGGCCAAGGUCUGUCUGGUGACCGCGCAGACCUACAGUAACUGCAACCCUCUCAACAAAACAUGCCCCGCGGACCAAGCCCUCGGGACCAACCACACCUGGUACUUCAACAGCACGGUCGACGACACCAUAUGGAACGUCACCAACGACCAGAUCUACUACACCGAUGAGGGAGCGAACUUCACCAUCGCAGAGAAGUUGCAGUCGCCCACAUUACAGUCGAACUUCUAUAUCUUCUUUGGCAUCGUCGAGUCUCAUGUCAAGAUGGCCAAGGGUGGUGGCGUGGUGAGCAGUGUGGUGCUCGAGUCGGACGAUCUGGACGAGAUCGACUGGGAGUGGGUGGGUUACAACACCAGCGGCGUGCAAUCCAACUACUACGGCAAGGGUAACGAUUCCUCCUGGGACCGUGCGGGCUACCACUAUGUCCCCAACGCCGACACCGAGUUCCACAACUACACGACCUACUGGACGGCGGAGAAGCUCGAGUGGUGGAUUGACGAGGAAUUGGUCCGGACUCUCAACUACGAGGACGCCCUGGGUGGAAAGAACUACCCGCAGACCCCCAGCAACAUUCGGUAUGGUGUCUGGCCCGCGGGUGACCCCAGUGAGUCUCUCGGCACCAUCGAGUGGGCCGGUGGUGAAAUCAACUAUACGGCAGGCCCGUACACCAUGGUUGUCCAGAAGGUCCGUGUGCAUGACUUCCACUCUGGCAAGGAGUAUGAAUACACCAACCAUUCCGGCUCGUGGGAGAGUAUCAAGGUUGUUGCGGGCAACUCGACCACCGUGACGGAGCUCAACAAGGUUCCCAAGGAGACGCUUGCCGAGAAAUGGGCGAAAUUGUCGACGGGAGCGAAGACCGGUAUCUAUGUUGCCAUUGCCGUGGUGGGCGCCGGUGCGGCCAGUGCCUUCAUCUUCUUUUGCUUGAAGCAGCGCAAGAGUGGACGCCUCGAGCACGCCCUCAACGAUGCUAAGUGGGAUAGCGAACGGACCGAGAUGGACAACUUCCAGUCCGAGUGGAAGCAAAGCGAAUGGAGGCACAAGCCGAGGGGCUACCAACCAGUCAACUAGACCGUCCUGUUGGAAGGCCCCCCCCCCCCCC